UGGCACUGGAAUUUACGCGUGCGGUUUGUACAGUCAAUUGUGGUGAUUUGUUAGUGAUACUGAACAUGAGGUGGUCGAGACUGUAAACAUUCCUGGACUUACUUCUGACUUGCACUUGGAUACUGCGUUUGAAAGUUUCAAACACUUCCAGGAGUCCUUCAGUUAAACGAUAGAGGAAUCCAGAAUCAGUCCACUAUUGCAGAAUAAUCACUCGGAAGACUAUUUUUUCAGGUCCUACCCUCAGUAGGAGCACAAAGGUGAUGACAGCAGUCUGCCUGUAGGAGGCGCACUCAUUGCAUUCAUUGAGCAUGGGACUUGAAGACCUGCCUGAUUCGGUGCAUACGAUGUCCACUACUCCACUGCAGUCGUCUGUCUCUCCGCCCCGCCACCCCUCAUCUCCCUCUCCAAGGGGCCAGCGGCCGUCCUCCCUGACCUCCCCGACCCCGUCCCUCUCCUCUCUGCCCACCUCGCCUAACCCUCCUGAUGGUGGGGUGGUGUUGCGCUCACCGGCCACGCGCCACCUCACACACCUGGACCCCUGGAGGAGGCACAGCUGGGAGCCGGGGGCCGUGGUGCAAGGGAGCUCGCCCAAUGAGUCGCGCAGUGUGAGCCUGGAGGAUCUGGACCCAGCAGAGAUGGCGCUGGUGCUGGGGGUGCGGCGCGUGCGGGACUCCCGCAGGGUGAGGGAGGGAUCCCUGUCCUCACUGACUGAGGAGGAGGCGGGACCUGAGCACCGCUCCGUGCUGGAGGAACAGUCCACUCACAUGCAUGGCUGCAGUGCAUCAGCUCCCGUGCUCAGCGUGGAACACCGGACGCCACCCACCUCUGCCCCGCGACCCCGCUCACAGUGUUAUGAUGGCAUGCUGUACUCACCAACUGGAGGCUCCAAUCAAAGUAUGGACAGUGACGUGGUCGAGGAAGAGGACAGGGAGGAGCUGAUGGGAAGCACUCUGGGCCGCACGUUCAGCUUCCUGCGCAAGCUCUCCACCCGCAGAUCCAAGAAUAAGGAGAAGGAGCGCAUGCGCGAGCUGGAGAGGGAGGCGAGGGAGCGGGAGGCUCGCUAUAGCAACGGACACCUCUACACCUCCCUAACUGUUUCCGCGACGACACUCUGUUCAGCCUGCAACAAGAGCAUCACUGCCAAAGAGGCCCUCAGCUGUCCCACCUGCAAUGUCACCAUCCACAACCGAUGCCGUGACACCCUGCCCAACUGCGCCAAAAUGAAGCAGAGGCAACAGAAGAUGGCAUUGUCAAGGACCAGUUCGUCUUAUCAGAGUGUGACGAUGCGCAACAAGAGUACCCUGAUGAGGGAGCGGCCCAGCUCGGCCAUCUACCCGUCCGACAGCCUCCGCCAAUCACUGCUGGGCUCUCGCCGCGGACGCUCCACCCUCUCCAUCUCCAAGAGCGUCUCCACCAAUAACAUUGCAGGGACUAUGAAUGAUGACUAUCCUUUGGGACUGCGCAGGAUUCUCUCUCAGUCAACAGACUCACUCAACUUUAGAAGCAGAACCAUGUCUAUGGAGUCUCUUAAUGAUGAGGGAGAGACCUAUUACACGUCUAUGCUGGAGGAGAUGGAGAUUGAGGGGCGGGACUUUGAAGCUGAUUCGUGGAGUACAGCUGUUGACUCCGCCUACUUACAGACGCACCGCAAAGAUGUCAUCAAGAGACAAGAUGUCAUUUACGAGCUGAUCCAGACGGAGAUGCAUCACCUGCGGACGCUGCGCAUCAUGGACGGCGUGCUGCGGCGGGGGAUGCUGGAGGAGGUGCAGCUGGAGCCGGGCACGGUCAACGUGCUCUUCCCCUGCCUGGACCGCCUGCUGGCCCUGCACCGCCGCUUUCUGGCCCAGCUGCUCCUGCGCCGCAACCACUGCCUGCAGCCAGGCAGCGAGCACAACUUCACCAUCCACCAGCUGGGGGACAUCCUGUUCGAUCAGUUCUCAGGGCAGACUGCAGAUGAGAUGAGGAAGACAUACGCAGAGUUCUGCAGUCGGCACCUGAAGGCAGUGAAGCGCUACAAAGAGUUGUUUGCCCGAGAAAAGAGGCUCCAGUACUUUAUACGGCGAGUCGGUAGGGGUCCUCUCCUGCGUCGUCAUGGUUACCAGGAGUGCAUCCUCCUGGUCACCCAGCGCAUCACCAAAUACCCUGUCCUGGUCCAGCGUAUCCUCGACAACACUAAGGAGAGCCCCGAGGAGGCGGAGAGUCUGUCCCAGGCACUGGCUGCACUGCGGGAGCUGCUGAGCUCGGUGGACGAGCAAGUGCUGGAGCUGGAGCGCACGCAUCGGCUGCAGGAAUUCCAGGCCCGGCUAGACCCCCGCGCCGAGGCCAAGCUGCGCUCUGGCGCCCUCUUCAGGCCUGCCGAGCUGUCGCGCCGACGCCUCAUCCACGAGGGCACGCUGCUGUGGAAAACCCCCGGCUCCAGGCUCAAAGAUGUACAGGUCUUACUGAUGACAGAUAUCCUGGUGUUCCUGCAAGAAAAAGAUCAAAGAUACAUCUUUCCCUGCCUGGACAAGUCAGCGGUUGUCUCCUUGCAGAAUCUCCUGGUGAGGGACAUAGCCAAUCAGGAGCGAGGGUUCUUCCUCAUCAGCAGUGAGUCCAGCCCCCCAGAAAUGUAUGAGCUUCACGCCGCCUCCAAAGAUGACCGCAACACCUGGAUACGCCACAUACAGCAAGCUGUUCUCAGAUGUCCCUCUAGGCAGGAAUUCCCUCUGAUAGAGACUGAAGAUAAGGCCUUAAUGCGUAGACUUAAAGCGGAUAUCCAGCAGAAGGACCGCGAGGUGCUGGAGCUGCUCCAAGAGCGGGUGAUGCUCUUCACUGACCUCCUUGAGGUCACGGGAGGUCACGAGGUCAUGCUGCCGUCCAACUGCAGGAACCUGUUCAGAGCGGACACGCCCCAGGCCCCCCGUGCUGAAGGGCUGCUCACUGAAGCUAUCAAUGAAGUUGAUAAGUUGACUGAGGUGUUGCUGGGGUCGAAUAUGGAGGUGCCUCUUUCCUGCAGCACCAAUGGCCACCACAGUUUUACAGGAGGACUAGUUAUCAAUGGACAAGAGGUGAUUAUUAAUGGUGCUCCGGAGUCCUCGGCCUCUCAUGCACAGGACCGCAAUGGCAAUCAGAUGGAGGAUAGAACUCCAAGUGAGGAGGUGUCCCAGAGGUUGGUGAAUCUAAGUACCCAGCUUCAUGCUCUUCAGGCUGCAGUGAUCAAGCAGGACUCCAUUUUAGAGUUUUACCUGCGCGAGACCUCCAUGGCCCCCGAGACCUCUGGCGGGCGCGUGGUCCGCUCUCUGUCGCGGGACGGGGGCGCGGACGGUGGCGUGGGCGAGCUGACGCUGCUGCAGAGACAGCACAGCCUGCUGCAGGAGGAGCUGGUGCGACUGCGGGGUGCUGACGGUCGGCUCCGCGACUGCGAGAAGCACCGCGUCCACCUGGAGAGGCAGCUGAAGGAGCUCAAGAGCAGCAACAGCAGCAACGCCCUGGGGGACGGCAGUGGAACUGCAGCCUCACAACAGGCUCCGACACGCAGGGAAAGUGACACGGACCCAAACACAGACACCCAAUUACCCAGUCAGGAAUCGAUGGACCAAUCGGAUGGCUUGCAGGGCUGCAGUGACGUUGACAUUAUCUCUGAUGACGAUGAUGACGAUGACGAUGUGAAGUUGUCACCGCGAUCAGAGAGCCCAAGAGAUCUGCAAGACAUUCCAGAGGAGGAAGCAGCGGAACACCGCGACCUGGAGGUGUCUCACUGCUAAUGAGAACAUUCAAGAACAUUCCAGAAUAGCCCAGAGAAACGGACAGACUGUAGAACUCUGAAAUAAGUGUCAGUGUUCCUCUGGGCUCUGCAAAGAAGCAUUUUAUCCACUUUAUUAAGUUAUCCAAUAUAUCCACUCUGUGAUCCUUGUAUUUUAUUUUACUUUUCGCUCUACAGUUGAUGAUCAGUGGCAAUAUGUGACAAAAAAUAUGCGUAUAAAGACCUUACUUUUGAUAUUUGCAUCAUAUGACUGCAAACAUUCAUGGACCAAUGAGAAGAUACGUACCAAAGCAGGAAGUGUGAUAGUGAUGGACUUUUGCAAGCUGGAUUUCCAGGCAGCCUUUUCCUGGAAUUUAAGGCCUGAUGUCCUAGAAAUGCAUUGCAGUGCUUUCAACAAUGGAAAAAAAGAGACAAAAUCAUUUCAUGAACUCUAGCAUUUCAGUUACUUCUACUUCUACUACUUGCUAAGUUUGGAUUAGUGUAGUGCUGAGAGACUGUAGCUAUAUGAGCUGACCAUAGAGUAACAGUCUGGCUGAAAUGCACUGAUCCAAGUAGGUUUGUAGGGCUCUUUGAUGUUGCACGAAGAUAUUGUACUGUAAAUAUACUUUCAGAGACUACUUCAUAAGCAUGCACACACACAGACACACACACACAUACACACACACACACACACACUUACAUUCCUAAUCAGCUCUUGAUUUCUGAAGUAAUAUGCACGUGAUGUGAUUUGGGAGAUGUUAUUGUUUUAGAAAUUGAUUGCAUUGUUGAUUUAAUUUAUUUAUUAUUACUCAGCCACUUCGGUUAGAAAAAAAUCUCCCGUUCCUUUCCACAAAACUCUCUAUGGGAGGAAAGCCAUAAAUGAUAAACUUACAAUGACUGAAAAACAGAGCAACGCCUCGUGACUAGAGGCUGUUCAGAGGUCAGUUAUGCUCUUAAACAGGUAAAGCAAAGGGUCAGAUUGGGCUGUUCGCAGCUCUUCAGGGACUACUUUCCAAUAUGCUCAAUUAUGUGAAAAUGAAAGUGUGUGAAAUGAAAGGAUUUAUUGUAAAAAGAAUUAUAGCCUCCUCUUAACCAGUGGCCUGCACAUGAAUCAGUGCAGAUGAGUCAGACAUGAAUCAGUUCCUUUUGUAAGAUAACUCUUUUCACAAUCUCUGAAUGUGUUUUUCUUAAUUAUUAUAUGACUACAUUUGAUGCUUGUGCCAUAUUUCUAUCUGUGCCACUCAGCCCAACCACAGAAGCCUUGUGUCCUCCUGCCUUUUAUGUGACUGCCAUGGCAAAUUAUAUAUGAUGUUGUCUCUGUGUGGUUGCAGAAUGAUUAAGAUACUGUUGUCAUUCAGGAAUGAUUAAAGAAUUUAAGUCUU